AUGCACGAAACUUACUUUUUUUCCUGUCUAGCUUGCUUGGCUCCCUUAGGAAUGGAAAACGGUAAAAUAACAUCAGUGCAGCUGACAGCGUCAUCUCAGUGGGAUGGGAACCAUUCUCCUGACCGCGCAAGGCUGAAUAUUCCAGCGAUCGGCAAUUACAAAGGUGCGUGGGCAGUAGCAGCUGAUCAGGUGAACCAAAAUCAGUGGAUAUUGGUUGACCUGCGAAUCAAGACACGCAUCACGUACGUAGCUACUCAAGGGAGGGAGGACGAUGUGCAGUGGAUAAGGAAAUAUAAAUUGCAAUUUGGCGACGAUGGAAGUUCAUUCGAGGUUUUUAAGCAGGAGGGUGAAAACGUCGACAAGGUAGGAUAAAGUUGUGACGAGAGAGGACAAAGGGUUAGAAAACUGAUACCCAAUUAUGUUUUAUGGCUGGCUCCUCUCAAGGCUUUUGGCGACAAAGAUCAUGCAAGAAAUUCACAUUGAAAUGUCUUUUUCAGCAUUGAGUUUUUUCAGCAGUUGAAAUCUUUGCCGGGUAAAGAUAUCACAAAUUUGCCGCCAAUGCUUAGUCUUAUUUUGGUAAGACAUCCAAUUACGAAAGAUCUUCAUCUCCUUCUUCUUUCUGAUUUUUCUGAAAAGACUGAAAGAGACUCUGUAUGCAAUGUACAAGCCAAAUUAUUAAAAGUUUUUACCUGUGAACCAGAGGCAACUUUAGCUCUGUCUUGUUCUUCAGGCGUUUCUUGGAAACUCUGACAGCGGGACAGUUGUGACACAUGUUCUUAUUCCACCAAUCAAAGCACGAUACGUCAGGCUUAUACCAGUAGAAUGGCACAAUUACAUAUCCUUAAGGAUGGAGCUGUAUGGUUGUUUAGGUAACGGCAGUACUCUUUCAUAAUAAAGUCUUGGGGAUAAGCCCAAGCAUGACCUAGGAGACAUGUGAAAACCAAAAGGCAAAAGUAGAAAAUAGCUGCGUCAUGAUUCUUGAUCCAUGUUUCCCUGUACACCGCACUCGGAUAGAGCUCUUUAUCUUGUGUGUUUUGUCUUCUCUAUAGAGGCACCAGCUUUGUCUCUUCAUGAAUUAUGCGUUCAUAUGCAAGUAAAUAAGACGAAAUUUGAAGGAACAGUUCUCUAGAGUAAUUAUCACAUGACCCGUAUUUAGGAAAACAAAACAUACAAGCUAGAGAUCUAUUAUGAGGGUUGCUACCCAAUGUACAAAUACAGGACUUUGAACAACGAAAUAAAGACAUAAUUGUAUUCUCCAAGGUGUGAUAAACUAUCAAUAAUGGGCUUUGGUCGGAUUUUACUAAACUACACUAACAAACUCAAAAUCGUCCAUCCAACGUUUUUAUGAUUCACGCACGUAUUUACAGCAAAAGACCUGACAGAUUUCACGCUAUAGUAACGGUAACUUUAUCACGAACUAGGCACUCUUUUGGAUUUAUAUUGGUUACAGACGCUUUGAAAAUAGAAGAAAAUCUUGAUGACAAUGUCGCUUUGAGGAUCACGUCCCCUUUCUCUUACUACGUUCAGUAAAAGUGCGCUGUUUCGUGCAAAACGCAGUUUUGUAUAAAAUGCGAGUUGCGUUGUGCAAGAUCCCUGGAAGGAAUGAAUCACUGCAAAAACCCGAGCUUCAUUCCUUGUGCUACGGUUGCUGCAACAAAGUGUUGCGACACGUGUUCUUCAAUUCAGUCAUGAGAUGUUACAUCUGACAACGAAAUUGUGCAAGAAGCACGGGUACAGGCCUGUACAAGAUGUUUUUAUGGCUAAUUCGGUAAUAGCUGCUGAACACGUUUUCCUAAGACAUUCUGCAUGCUGUACAGUAGACACCGGCUAAUCAGAACCAACAUUUUUUGAGGUCUGGUGUAGAUAUUGGCAAUUUAAGCUUAGUAGGUUCUUAAUUAGGUUCUUAAUUUAUAUGAAGGAGAUAUGGAUGUUGACUACCAGAAAAAAUAAGGAAACUUGAGUUUGGUCCUUACAUACACAGUAUUUAUUCAGAACUGUUCAUCGCAAAUCUUCUUUAUGGAAGGUCCCAUUAAGACAAUUAUAAUCUGUUCUUUUAAUAAACCUUUUUUCGUUGUAGGAAUUACAUUAAUACUGCUGUUUGUAAUUAUAGUUUGGGCAGUAUCUUCUUGUAAUAAGUCAAACUCCUUGGUUAAAAUGUUUAUCUUAAUUUACCUGUAACCUAAAUAUAAGAACCUGCUUGAUUUUGUUUGGCUAAACAGGUUCUUAUAUUUUGGGGUAUUAAGGUGUCAAAUGUCUGUCAGGUUCUUAAACCAGAGAUUCUUAUUAGCGGGUGUUUACUGUAUAAAAAACGUAUCAGUGUAGGUAAGGAUUUAUGGGUUUUAGGGUACACAUACACUCUUUCAUAACUGGGUCAUCAAGAUUGAUUUUUUUUUUUUUCAUUUUUUAUCUGAAGAAGAGAUACAAGCCCUUGGAAUGGAGAGCGGCGCUAUAGCUGACUCACAACUAACUGCGUCUUCAGAAUAUAAUGCUUACCAUUCAACGAAACGAUCGAGAUUACAUACAAAGGAAAUAUCAGCGCUGGCGAGAGGUGCAUGGGUGAGUUCGACGAACGAUGCAAACCAAUGGCUUCAGAUAGAUGUUGGUAAAGUCCUAAACGUAACGCACAUAGCUACACAGGGAAGAAAUACCUACUCCCCUUUUCAAUAUGUAGCAAAGUACAAGGUGCAAUAUAGCAACGAUGGACAGACGUUCCAGUUUUACAAGAGAGAGGGACAGCCUUCCGAUGAGGUAAGAAACUUCUCAUUUUGA